AUGGAUCCAUUAUCUAUCUUGGGUGCCAUCGCAGCCUCCUCUCAAAUCGCCCAGCAAAGCUACGAUGCCAUUAAAUUCUUGAACGAUAUCAAAACGCAAAUGCAGAACGGUCCGAAGAAGAUCCGUGGACAAAUACAACACAUUGAGCAAUUCAUCACUCUUCUAGCAUUAGUUAUUAAGAAUACCUCUUUACAAACCUCCGAAGUGUCUUCGGUUGUGAAAACUUGUUCUAAUUCUGCAAAAGAUAUUAAGGAUAGCCUCGAAAGUUAUCUUGCUACUCCGGAUGAAGGAAAAAGAGUAAAAUGGCGAAAAGCAUUUACAGCAGUGAGAUCAGAAAAAAAGAUAUCCUCUAUGAUUGCGGAUCUCGAAGGAGAGAAGUCCUUGUUGAGUCUCCAUAUCCAAAGGAUUGAUUUAUCUCUACUGCAAACAGUUGAUCUCAAUGCAAACGAAAUUAAAUUGACAGUUGGCGCGGUUGCAAAUAAUGUUACGGAAGUCAAAUCUAUACUUAUAUCGAUGAAUUCUCGAUCAGAUAUUGUCGCUCCUACAGAGAAUAUUAACAAGAGUCACUUCAUUGUGCCAAAUCGCCGUGUUAGCGGCUUUAUUGGCCGUGAAGAUAUCCUAAACAAGAUCGAAGAGGGAUUGUCCUCUGAAUCUGAGUCUCGUAUUGUCGUUCUUCGAGGAUUAGGAGGCCAAGGUAAAACUCAAAUUGCACUUGAGUACUGCCAUCGUGCAAGAAAGAACCAUAUUCGAGCCAUAUUCUGGAUUGAUGCAACAUCCGAGAGCACUGUCAAGAAAGAUUACAAGUCAGUACUGGAGCAUAUCGAACGCCCAGCUGAUUCAACGCAAGAUGACCAAGUAGUUACCUCCGUGUUGAACAUACUUCGAGAAUGGGAUGAGCCAUGGCUAAUCAUCUUCGAUAACCAUGACGACCCAUCAAGUUUUCAUCUCCCCGAUUUCAUGCCAUCAGGGCAACAUGGACGAAUUUUGAUCACGAGUAGACACGCAGAUACUGCCUUACUAGCUGAAAGAGACCAUGAUAUUGAGCUACAUGGGCUCCGGAAAGAUGAUGCUUGUGAUCUUCUCAUUAAACAAAGCCGGGUAAGCAAUACCGCAUCGCGCGACGACGCAUACGCUAUCGUUGAUCGCUUGGGGUACCAUGCACUAGCUAUUACACAGGCAGGAUCAUAUAUCCAAACUCAAAAGAUCCAAUUGUCACAAUUUAUGGACAACUAUAAUCGGCAACGAGAAGCAAUUCUACGAGAGACGCCGCGAAUGUCACAGUAUCGACGUAAAAUUGGAGAGGCUGCGGACGAAACUGCAUUGAAUGUCUUUACAACCUGGGAACUUUCCUACCAACAAUUAGAGACGCUUGAUGAUGAGAAGAAGUACAAGUCAAGGAUUCUAACCUUGUUUGCUUUCUUCGACUGUCAAAAUAUAUCCCAACAAUUAUUUGAGACUUAUUGCACAGUGGAACUCUUCUCAAACACCGAAGUGAUGGAGAUCGAUGAGCCUUUACUCUUGUUUGUUGGUGAAGACAAGAACUGGGAUGAACAAAAAUUCGUGGAUAUUUUGAAUGGUCUCUCUCGACUGUCCCUGAUCCAAAGCUGGUAUAGAGACGAGAAUGAUCAUUGUCAUCUGUCUCUACACCCUUUGGUUCAGGACUGGAUUCGCGUGCGCGCUUCUUCAGAACUAUGCUACGACUCCGCGGUUCUCAGCGCUAAUGUCGUGGCAACAGUUCUCCAACAAUGUUACUCUCAUAAAACGUACACGAUGCCCUUAUCUCUGCGGCAGGAACUACUGUCCCAUCUUAGUUUGCACGAAGAAAUUCAAGAGCUGAUGGUUACGCUCAAGAAAGAUAAAGCGCUCAGUAGAGAUAUGUUGUAUCUAUAUUACCCAGAGCUCACGCGAUUUUACUUUAAGAGCGGUUUAUAUAGAGAAUCUGAGAAGAUUGCUCGUCAAUGGGUGGUGGCGAGUUUACGGGAAUAUGGACCGGAGGACGUUGGAACUUUACAUGCUCAUGCUUCGUUGGCAAAUGCGUUAUCUAAGCUAAAUAAUUUCGAAGAAUCGUUUCAUAUAGACCAAAAGGUGCUAAAAAUUCGUAGAAAAAAAUAUGGUUCUGAAAACCCUGAUGUAUUGAGAGAUACACACAACAUUGCAUGGAGUCUAAUGGAAAGAGGACAUCUUGUCAGAGCCGAGAAGAUUUUCAGAAGACUCCUCGAGGUAACGGAAAGGAUUUUAGGACAUGAUGACACAGAGACAUUGUCAAGUAUCUUCGCCCUUGCUCGUGUUCUCCAGAAUGCAGGGGAAUUUGCUGAAGCUGAAGUCCUUUGCCGGAACCUAGUCCACGACAGCCAGAGAAUACUUGGACCAAAUCAUAGUAUCACAAAUAACCAUCUAAAAGAAUUAGCUUUCAUUCUCGAGGAUCAAGGAAAACUUUCCGAAUCCUUGACCUGUUUUGAAAGUGUUUAUGCACACAGACUAGCAACAUUGGGUCCUGGCAAUCCCAAAACACUACGUUCGGAGCGUGAUUGCGCCGUUGUACGCGAGAAUCUCGAGCUACAAUUACAGAACGAACAAAGAAAAGUCAGAAGAGGAUCACCCGCAAGCCAAACCUCCGAUUCUGAAAGCGAUACGGAAUCCGAAGUCUCCGAGCUCGGCGAUGACACCAUUUUCUCGACGUACGAGCGAAAUCUACUCUGGUCAUCUGAUUCGGAUAUAGAGCAAUCUCUAUACUCGACUUCCGAAGGAGAGGAAGGAGAGGGGGAGGAGGAGGAGGAAGACGAGGAUGAAGACGCAGAUUCAAUCCUUGAAACAAAAAGCAAAGCCAUUGAUAACCAAAUACCAGAGGCUCUAAAAGAUGGACAAGAAGCAAACGAGGAGUCAAUGCCAGAGAAGCAGGAGGAGGAGGGGGAGAAACUCAAGGAAGAUGAACAUUUGGAAGAUUGA